CCUUGUGUCAUGGUGGAGGAGAUAUGAAGCAUCCAUGGAAGGAGAUGAAGUUACCAAAAGUGUAGAUUUUUACACAGUUGUAAACAAACAUUUUUAGCUUGUGGUGAUGGCGCCCUCUAACGGCUGCUCCUGUCUCUUCCUGUUCUACUUCCAAAGAAGUGAAGCUAACGGCCUCCAGGUUGGAAGCAUUAAACUUUAAAGUACUGAGUUUGGAUCAGAAACAGUUGAGUAUUUUAUUCUUAGCAUUUUCUGCUUGGGGUUCUUGAUGGUUUCAAACAGAACUGCUGAUGAUUAAACCAGCAGGAAUAGAGGAACUUCAUAUAAAGGAAUGGAAAACCUGCUGAGAAAUGUGUAGGAGGUUCUGAGUCACAGUGGUCAGACAGAAACAGUCCGGCUCGGGGGUUUUAUAUCUUCACUGGUCUCCUAAUGGACGCUCCGUGGAUCUGUCACCCUCUGGUUCUGCUGCUGUUUGCCACUGGAGUUCUUGCCUCCGGUGACGACAGCUGGUCCAUGAAAGUCCAGUCGGAAGUGCGAGGCAUUGAUGGCUACCCGGUGGUGCUGCCCUGUACCUUCAGCCACCCCCACCACUCCCAGCAUUCCUCGUUGCAGGUGCUGUGGCGCCUGGGCCACGGAACAGCCGCCACCGUCCUAUACCGGUGCACCAGCCGGCCCCAGGACCCCACCUGUGAACCAGGUCCGCAGCAGGACCAACGCUACCGUUUGGAGGGCAACCCGAAGGAGCACGACCUGUCGCUGCGCAUCAACAGCGCCACCCUGCAGGACAACGGGCGUUACUACUGCAGAGUGGAGGUUCAGGGGCGAGAGCACAUCAGCUUUGAGGAUAAAAUGGGCACCAGGCUGCGAAUGGAAGCUCCUCCAAAGAUCCUGGCCCUAUCUGUGGAGGGCAGCGAGCAGUCUGGGUACAGAGCUCUGUGUCGGGUCCAGGGAUCGCCGCUGCCGGACGUCCAGUGGCUCGGCCCGGACGACCUGCUGGAAGCUUCAGUCGUGGAGCCGAUGACUCAGGGCUCACCUGGUCGAUACCACACCGUGAGCCAGCUGCGAGAAGUGGACCCGGGUCAGCAGUACACCUGCAGCGCCUCCAACCCGCUGGGCAAAGAUCAGGCCGCCCUGUAUGUCCUGCAUCCCCGGCCUUUACCUUCAUCAACCGGGACACCGACUCUUCUUCUUCUCCUGCUGUCCGUGGCUCUUGGGGCUAAAGUGGUUCUGGUGGUGGGGGUUGGAUUGUGGGUGGUCCAAGGAGGGGUUCUGCAGGGAGUCAGCUGCUGGAGGAAAUGACCUGCUUGGACUUCCAGUCAUAUUAAAUGUAAAAGUAGUUGUAAGGUGCCUAAAAUGUUGGUUAAUGGCUUAUUUACUCAUUUAAUAAUAGAAACAUUGUUCCACUUCUUUUAUGAUCAACAUGAACAGCUCUGUGGGUCGGUCUCACUGAAUAUUUCCCAUCUAAUCAUCAUUCUUCUGAUCAUAUCACUGUCGAAUAAUUGUUGUGCUGGAUGGACAGAAGAUGAUGGUAGAACUUCACAUAUCACAGCUGAAGAAGGUCUGAACUGCAGGAUGUGAGGGCAAGAUAAAUAUUUUUGUCAUUUUAUAGAAAUUCAUAGUGAAAUAAAGCCGCGGUUCUGUUCUCUAGUUCCUGGAGGUUUAGGACCGAGUCCAGACAGGAAACAGUUCCUAUUAUUUCAGGUUUCAUUCUAUUAUUUUAUCAUAAUGUUAAUUUAGGUAAUUUUUCCAUCUUCUUGUAUUACCAGAACACAGGUCCACAGAACCUCUGGAGCCCUUAUUAGUCAUAAUUAUCUUUUCUGAAUGAAAUAAAGUGUUAUUAUAGUAUCUCAUGAUGUUCAUUCAUCUUCUGAAAUCUUCAGCUAAAUGCUUCCUGUUUGUUCUGAGACAAACAUCUAAUAAAGUUUUGAAACAAACUGAC